AUGCCGUCCUCAGUUGACCCGGCGAUUCUCCGUGCCUUAUCGAUCGAGGAGGCGUCCAAAAUUUCGAGGCAUGGCGGCUCAGGCUUUGCAUCCACUUUCCGAAUCACGACGCCUUCAACUUCGGUGUUUGUCAAGACCUCGUCCUCGGCCGGGGCGGCCGCCAUGUUUGAGGGAGAGCACGCGUCUUUGAACGCCAUCCAUAACGCCGUCCCCAGCCUGUGCCCCAAGUCGUUUGCAUGGGGAAAAUUGGACAGCGGCGGAUACUUUCUCGCCACCGAGUUUCUUGAGCUAGGAGGCAGUGGGCUGUCAAGGUCAGGCACGAGAGGCCGAAGCGCGGGCCACGGUAGUGGGAUCAGCCUGGCCGAGAAACUAGCCAAGCUACAUACGACGCCUGCUCCGACCCCCCACGGAUACGAAUCCGAUGCGCCGCAAUAUGGGUUUCCCGUGACGACUUGCUGUGGUGACACGCCGCAAGACAACACAUUCACGUCGUCGUGGGCCGACUUCUUCGCGAACAGACGGCUGCUUGCGAUCCUGGCGCGUGGCGAGGAGAACAAUGGACGCGAUCCCGAACUACGCAGGACGGUGGAGAGGACUGUGCAGGAAGUGGUCCCGAAACUUCUCGGGGACGGCCACCUCGGGGGCAAGGAAGGCAUCCGGCCGGUCGUGGUCCACGGCGACCUGUGGUCCGGGAACAAAGGCCAGGGCCGGUUCGUGGGGCGCGACCAAACGUCCGCCGACGAAGCUGGUGCCGUCGAAGACGUGAUCUUCGACCCGGCGGCGUGCUAUGCCCACAACGAGUACGACUUUGGCAUCAUGAACAUGUUCGGCGGCUUCCCCUCGACGUUCUGGAAGGAGUAUCAUUCGGCCGUGCCCAAGACCGAGCCGCAGAGCGAAUACGCCGACCGCGUCGCACUGUACGAGAGCUAUCACCAUCUCAACCACUACGCCAUCUUCGGUGGCUCGUACAAGUCGGGUGCUAUGAGUCUCCUGAAUGGCCUGUUGCGGAAGUACGGGGACAAGUGA